UACAGCCCUACCCCUCGGCUGCUGCACUUUCCUUCAGCUAAUAUUCCUUCUCCUCGUCUCCUCGAUUGCUCCCUCUCUAGAAUUUCUACAUAGAUGGCGGCGUCGACGGUGUUUGCGGACUGUUGCUGGGUGGCGCGUCCCUUCCGCGGCUUACAUCUCCGCCGCACGCUUUUACUCUCAUCGAGAUUCAACAAUCGGAUGUUUUUGAGCUCUUCCGUUUUCGCUCCAGUUGCUAUGACAACCGACACAUCAUCAAAGUUACUUGAUGGAAAAUCAGUCGCGAAGAAGAUUAGAGAUGAAAUUGCUAUCGAGAUAGACAAGAUUAAAGAAACAACUGGCAUUGUACCUGGAUUGGCAGUUAUUCUAGUUGGUUCGAGAAAAGAUUCCCAAACUUAUGUGCGCAAUAAAAAGAAGGCUUGCGAAGAUGUUGGAAUUGCAUCUUAUGAAGCUAAUUUGCCCGAGGAUUGUUCCGAGGAAGAAGUUAUCGAGCAUAUUUCCCAAUUCAACACUAAUCCUUCAGUUCAUGGCAUCCUUGUUCAAUUGCCUCUACCUCGGCACAUGCAUGAGGAGAAAAUUUUGAAUGCUGUUAUUAUCGAGAAAGAUGUCGAUGGUUUCCAUCCGUUGAAUAUUGGUCGUCUUGCCAUGCAAGGUAGAGAUCCUUUAUUCGUCCCGUGCACGCCGAAAGGAUGCAUCGAACUUCUUCGCAGGUAUGAAAUUGAAAUCAAGGGAAAGCGAGCUGUCGUGAUUGGAAGAAGCAAUAUCGUUGGGAUGCCUGCUGCAUUGUUAUUGCAGCGAGCAAAUGCAACAGUAACAAUGGUGCAUUCUUACACUAAAAACCCCGAAGAAAUUACAAAACAAGCCGACAUAGUUAUUUCAGCCGCUGGAGUUGCAAAUCUGGUGCGGGGUAGCUGGCUGAAACCUGGAGCUGUCGUUAUAGACGUCGGAAUUAAUCCUGUUGAUGAUCCGGAAAGUGCUCGAGGAUAUCGACUGGUAGGCGAUGUGUGCUUCGAUGAGGCUUCUGAAGUGGUUUCGGCUAUUACUCCGGUGCCCGGUGGAGUUGGACCGAUGACCAUAGCCAUGCUUUUGUCCAAUACAUUGAGCUCAGCUAAAAGGCUACAUAAACUCAAGUAAAAUUGUGGAAUUUUAGGAGCUCUUCACUCUAUGGAUACUCACUAACUAUUAAUGUUUCCAAUCCCAAACAAAAAGAAAGAAUAAAGUUAUUCUGAUUUGGAUUCAGAGAGAAUGGUUGUUUUGCAGGGGUAUGUAUUGAUUCCUUUCUUGUAAUUUUGUUUUACAAAUUUUAAAUUUUUCUCAAUAUUAUUGUUGUAAGUAGAGGCUUGGCUUUCUACUCUACCUGAUGUCAGGAUUUUGAUAUGCCAAUGUAAUUUUAUGUUUCAUUGUUC